ACGGUAAGCGCGAAACCCAGAGGAAGCUCUGUGCCUGGAGGGGACCCGCCGCCAUCUCAGGUCUCAGCCUCGCGGGGCCCACCACAGAGAGCUGACGCCCUGUCCUAAGAAUCCUUAUGGGUGACCAACCGUGUUUCUCCGGGAGAUCCACGCUCCCACCUGGAAACACGCGGGAAACCAGGCCUCCAAAAAAGCGCUGCCUCCUAGCUCCACGGUGGGAUUAUCCAGAGGGAACCCCCAACGGAGGUAGUACCACUCUUCCCUCUGCACCUUCUCCUGCAUCACCCGGCCUGAAGUCGCACCCUCCUCCUCCGGAGAAGUAGUAGAAUAUACUUCUCCCACUCAAACCAGUCUCUGAGGGAUUGCAGAAUGACUCCAUUUCCUUGGUGCAUUCAUAAAAUGGUUCACCCUGUGAAGAUGUUGAAGACUAUUGACAAUGCUGCCCUGAUUUUUCUGAUGUCCUGCACCAGUCUUGUGAUAAUCAGCAUAAUUUCACCUCCUGAAUUUGAAUGAAUUAUGGGACAUAACCAAGAUCAGACUGUAGACGUCUAAGAUUGAAGGCCAUGGCUUGGAUCCUAAUGAACUCACCAGGUCAAAUAAACCCUGUGAGAUGGUCCUGCAGCAGCCAAUCAAUGUUCUUUUGUGCCACCCAGUCCCUGCUGUGUAACUUUGAAUGUCUAUAAAUCCAUUAAGGUCCCAAUAAAUUUUGUGUCUCAUUGCUCUCUUAGUUCUAUAUGACUACUAGCUAAUAAACUGAAUUUUUAGUAAAUGUUUUAUAAUAACUCCAAAUACAAAAUGCUACUAAAAUUGGUGUCAAAAUAUAACUUUUUUUCCUACAAAUGGCCUUCUACUCAUUUUUUGUAGUGUGGAAAUAUCAGGGAAGUGCGUGUGGGAGAGAUAAAGGGUAAAACCUGAAAAAGAAUUAAAGUUCCAGAACAUUCUCCUCCCUUUACUGUCAAUAUUUCCAUGCUGUCUAUCUAUCCUAUGAUAUGCCUUAUUCAUAUAGAUAAUUUUUUUUUCCUGAUCAUGAUGGUUGAUGUGCUUGUUUUUUUGUAAAAUUUCACUUGUGAAAUGUUCUGUAUUAAAGAAAUAUGGUAUGUCAAUUAAAAGCAUUUAUGAAAAUUAGAACUUCCGGGGAAGAUGCUGAAGUAGGAAGAUCCUAGGCUCAUCCCAUCCCAUGAUACACCUAAAUACCCACAUCAGUAUAAAUAAUGCAGAAAAUGACCAAAACACUGGAAGAACAGACUCUCCACAGCUAAAUGCAGAGAAGAGGCCACAUCGAAAAGGGUAGUAAGGGCUGAGAUGUAGUUGGGAGACAAACUUUCCCAUUGGAUUGUCUGAAAGGAGGAGGGAGGUCUCAGCCAUGGGGAGGGGAGAGGAGCAGACCCCACACAAGUCACCCCCAGCAUGGAGGAUGCACAAUAGGAAAAUGAAUCCGCAUAACAUUUGGCUUUGAAAACCAGAGUGACAUAACUUAACAAGUUUUUAGUCAGUGGGGCUGAACACCUGGAACUUUAAAAAUCAGCCAGCUUGUCUCUGGGAGAGGUAGAAGAUGAUGAGAGAUUGAGUUGCCACGGUGAAAGAGAUAGCACAAUAAUCAUUCUCCCUAGAUACAGCAUAGAAGCAUCAGUUUGAAAAAUACCUGUGAUAUAUGAGAGGGAGAUUUGUUUACCAAUCUCAGAGUGUGUGCUGAAAAGGGAAGGGAUCUUCAGGAGACUUUGUCAGAACAAAAGAGCUAGUUGGCACCAUUUCCCUUCCCCACCCCCAGCCUAGAUACCUGGACACCUGCGUGAACCAGGGCAGAACAAUCUCCACCUAGCUUGCUAACAGCGUACCAUGCCCCUAUGCCCUUCUGUGUAUCUACCCCCUGCAGCCCAACCCCAGCAGGUGUUUUCCAGAUUGGCUGCAGGUCCCCACCUACAUAGACCUUGAUGGCAUCAUGCACCCUGCCCUCAUGUUCUCUUGAAGACCCACCCUAUCCCACAUGCUCUUGACAGGCGUCCAUCAAAGUGGCACCACAAGCAUGGCCAUGUGCAACGAGCCCCAAAAGGGCAAGAACCACACCAAAGUGACUCCUGACCAGAGGAGAGGGGAAGUAAACCACACACAAUAGUUUGCAGCCUCAGCAGUGGGUUGGGGGCAAAAUAUCUUCUGACGUCAGGCCCCACCCACCAAUGAAAGCUUCUCAAGGGACAACACAGGGAGAGCACGCUUCAGUUUGGUGCCAUUGCAGCUCUGGAAAACACCAAGUCUAACCUAACACAAGCUAAAAGCUGCCUUACACUGGCCCAUUAGCAACAGAAAAUAACCUUUCCCACAACAAGCCAAAGGAGGCAUUGCAGAUGGCUGGACAGUGGGGCACACACAGUGCACAAAGCAGACAUCCUUAAAGUACCAGGUUGUCAUGAGCAGGGGACAUUGCACUGCAGAGCACUACAGGACCUCUUCUUCACAUGGCCAUUACUAUCAAGUGCAGAAGACAUAGCUGAACUUCCUACUAUAUAGAAAUAGAGGGAGAGUUAAACAAAAUGAGGAGAUAGGUGAACAGGUCCCAAAUGAAAGAGCAAGGCAAAAUUAAAGCAGGAGAGCUAAAUAAAACAAGUAAUAUGCUUGAUAGAGAAUUUAAGGUAAUGGUCAUAAAGAUAUUCACUGGACUUCAGAAAGGAGGGAAGGACCUCAGUAAGAGCCUCAACAAAGAGA